AUGCUGGGACUCGAUGCGCGCGCCGCUAGACCGCUCUCGGCAGUCCCCCUAAUUCGACCAAGAAGCCGCCCCUGCCACUGCAACGGUGACGGCCGCUGCACCGAGACGGCUGCACCUGCCUCGACACCCGUGCCUGCACCUGCCACUACUCCUCCGCUGCCACUGCCUGCCACUGCCACGGCCACGGCCACGGCCACUGCCGUCGCUGCUGCUGCUGCUACCACCACGACAGCACCUGCUGCUGCUCCUGCCUCGAGCUCGAGCCCGAACCUCGUCACACGGGCGCUCAUCACCAACGGCCCCAGCUCCCGCGCCAGGUCCCAGUCCAGGUCCCAGUCCAGGUCCCAGUCCAGGUCCCGGUCCAGGUCUUUGUCCAGGUCUUUGUCCAGGUUUCCGUCUUGCUCCUGUUCCUCCUCCUCCUCCUCCUCCUGCUACUGGUGUCCAUCUUCUUUUUUUCAUCACCCACAAACACGCCCAUCACCAUCACCAACCCCGACACCAACACUGACCCCUCAACUCCUUCUCUCAACGUGCGAUUCGGACCCAUCGACUGCUAAGACUCUGCCAACUGCCCACCACCCGCUCCAGCAAUCCGAGGUUUCCCAUUUGGGCGACACCCCCACAAAACCUGCAGCACCCCCAACACCCUCCAAAGGCACAGUCGGAGCCGGAGUCAAAGCCAAAGCCAGAGGCACAGGCAUAUUCAUAGGCACAAGCACAGGCACAGGCACAGGCACAGCACCACCUGAACCCGCCGGCCACUCCUUUUUGGGCGACGCCUGCUGCUGCGUCCCAUUUCGCUUCCGCGCGACGCCAGCGACCCUUCCUCCUAUCACUGCCGUCCGAGGAUCUGGCUCAUUCAAUCCACCUCGACGCACCAACCCCCAUCACCGCCGCGGCACCCCUCGAGACGACUUUGGUGCAGAGUCUUCGAACGCGACGCCGACCUGCUGCGCACCCCAGCCUUCCCCUUCCUCGCCUCCCGCUCCCUCACCCACUCCCACCAUUACCACUAGCCUGCGACGGGACCGUCUCUUCGGCGGCUCGCCCCCCCUCGCCUUUCCCACGGCUUCCCACGCGAGACAAGUUCCAGACUCCAUCCCGUCGUCCACCAUAGAUGCAUUUGCCAAUCCGCGCCUGACCACCCUCUCCCAUCGUCAGCCUGUGUACCCCGGCGCUUCCACCUUGCCGUCGCCUCCCGCACCCACCGCUCCUGUCCACCGCCGCUUCGAGUCUACGCGCGGUGCCGCCUACAUCCCCCGCGAACCCUUCGUUCAAUCACCCUUCCUCAGCAAAGCCUCCGCCACGCCUCGCCGCCUUCGUCGUCUGUCCGGCGCCGCCCACCUAUGGAACCCGACAAACUCGACACCGCGACGUCCCACUGAAAAUAAGCAGAGGCGACGGCGACCCUCGACGCCGCCACCUGCCAACGUCCCGCUAUCCCAUCCCGCCCUCGACAACUCGACCGAUCCUGCCGACCCCGUCACCACCGGCGCAGGCCACUAUCCCCUGCUCACACUACCCGAACUCCGACAAUCCCGACGUUCCGGCUCGGGUCGCGGCAGUCUCCAAUUCGACCACCGCGGCAACAGCGAUCACCGUAUCAGCCUGCCCCGGUCCGUGCGCCAUUCGUACGACGAAAAGAGAGGAGCAACGAGCUCCAACCCUUCGCCAGUCGAUCCCGAGCAGGCAUCGGCCGGCUCCGUCCAACCCCAAGAGGUCGUCGACAAGGGCAAAGGAAAGGCCAUCAUGACACCGCAACCAGACGAACAGCAGAGGGGCUACUCGAGGGACCGCUCGAGGGACCUCGAGCGGGGCCCCGACAUCUUGGACCCUCGCCGCCACUCCAAUCUCUCGGCCGGCGAUGGUAUCGGGUCUGCCAUGUCCUCAGACUCGUCCAUCAUGGGCGAGGAGGUCGGCGACAUGGGCGAAGAAUGGGGCCCGCAGCACCCAUGCUACCCCCAUCUCAACCCACACGUACCUCUUGACUCUGCCGAAUACCAGAACACGCGUAUCAUCCGCGUUCGCAGGGACUGGCUCAUCGAAGGCGACCUCGCGCCGACCUUUUCUAACCUCUACCCGGAAAUCCUGGAUCCAGCUGGCUUGUCGGAGCAGGAGUUUCGCCGCGUCAUUGAAAAGCUCAACGGCGAACUGAUUCCCAUCUUUAACCCCUACGACUGGAGGAAUAUCGUCGACAGCAUGCUCGGACUCGUCACAGGCUGGCUGUGGGAUGACUUUGGCCUGACGGGAGUCAAGGCACGCCUCACGAGGCUGGAGAACUGGAUGGACCAGUGGAACAAGGAAAUCGAGAAGACGGCUGGAGCGUACGAGGGUGCUUCGGCCCCCAAGCUCAUUCCCCUCCGGCGGACGGGCUACAUGACUCUGGACAUACAAAUAUCAGACCCCGAGGUCGCCGCGGCACCCAGCACCCCCGGUGCCUCGGCGACUGGCGUGAUGCCCAUGGAGCCACCAACAGCCGUGACGGCGUGA